AUGGCUUUCAAUCUGGACGAGAUUGAUCAGCAUAUGGCGAAUUUACGCUCUACACUGCGCUUCUUCAGUGAGGCACUCGAACGAACGGAUCACAAUUCGCCUGAUUGGCUUGCGACGGAUCUGAUAUCUCUACGCAACCAGACGGGCAGAUUACAAGAUGGUAUGCAAAAGUUCACAGAUCAGCUACAGGCGGGAGGCCUUGCGGAGAGAAAGGCAUCGAAUAAACGCGCGCGCCUCAGUCUCGAAGGCGCAGAACGCCCAACACCCUCUUCCACCCCUCUACCCUCGUCUCCGCAAGUUCCGAAUUCUGCUUCAGCUCGGCCUACGCAGCGCCAGCCGCAAGACCAGCCCACAAGCCCGCCCCAGGAAGAGUACGAAGUCCAGCGCAUCGAUGUGACCGAGGAAGUCAACCGCCGUCUACGCGAGGCUCGUCUACGCAGACUCGUAGACUCGCCUAGUACAUCCCAGAAGCGCAAGUUUGACGCUUAUGACAGUAUGGAGAAUUGGGGCGAGACCGAAGGUGCCACGGACCAGGAAGCUGAAUACAUGGGACGGAGUCCGACGAAGAGGAUACGGGCCAGCGGGACUUUCGAACCUAUUGCAGGCGUGAUGAAGAGGAAGGAGGAAGGGAUUACCAUGGGGUUCGAGGACGUGGGCAAAGAGGAAAGAGGAAGUGCUAAGAAGAGGCGGAGGCAGUGA